AAUCCAUAAAGUACGGCCACUAACUGCUCACAACACCUCUUUCUCCAAUCAAAUUUACGGUAAUACCCAACGAACGACAAAUACUUUAAUCAAACCCGGGUUACCGUACACACUCUGACUUUGGACACCUCUCUUACGAAGACGUGGUGGUGUGAGCACUACCCAAGUAAGACCCUCUCUUUCUGUCUAUCACUGAGCCUUUUCAUCCUACGACCGAGCCUUCAAAAGGCCGAUUAUCUCCUUCGUAUCUAUAUUAUUCACAACCCAACCCUGUCACCAAAAGUCAGAGAACUCACAAGUUCAAUCCCACAUCAUGGCUGGACCAGCAGAAAUGGAGCCGCCAGUGACACUACCCACCGCCGAACUCAGUAAAGUCGGCGAACACAUCUCGCUCUUACCACCGCUCUCACGACGAGGCAAGGGUCCAGGUCUAAUUCUCGUUCUUCCUCAAAACACCCCAACUUAUCCUGAAGGCGGCACCGUCUGCGUCAACCAAACACCUCCGCCUCUCCUCAAGUGGGCGGAGGAAGGGUUUGCGGUGGUCGAGGUUCGCGAACCGGCAUUCAAGUCUGCAUCUGGCGCUCAGGAGGCCAUCGCGAAGGCCGUCGCCGCUCUAGAACGAUGUGACAAGUGCAACGAGAACGACGGUAUCGGUCUUAUCGUCUACGGCGAGGGUCUCUGGACCAAAUACAUGGCCGAGAUCACAUUCGACUCUAAAGUCAAAGCAGCCGUCAUCUUCGGCACCACGUCCGAACACAAAUCCUUCUCAUCGACCUUGCCAAUUCUGUGCCAUCUCUCUGGCUCCGCCACACCACCACCGAAAAGCAGCCCAGGUUUCAAAAUCUAUACGUACCCGACUUCCCGAGCGUCCAACUUUGCUCUCCCCUCACAAGCCGACUUCAACGGCGCCGACGAAUCCGUCGCGCAUACUCGCAAUCUGACGCAUCUGAAAAAGUUCAUUCAAGGCGCUGAAUUCGACCUAGAAGCCAUCUGGGAUGAACACACUUACUACGAAUUCGCCGACCGCUCGGCAGCAAAGACGAUGGGGACCAUGGUUCAAGAGCCAUAUGUCAAUCAUAUCCCGACGAUGACGGGUGAGAUCGGUCGCGAGAAGCUGACGUGGUUUUACCAAUACAACUUCAUCCACAACAACCCCGACGACACGGAGCUACAACUCGUGAGCAGGACACUGGGCAUCGAUCGUGUCGUGGACGAAUUCAUUUUCAAAUUUACGCACGAUCGGGUGAUUGAUUGGAUGAUCCCAGGCAUUCCUCCGACGGGAAAGCGGGUCGAAAUCCCUUUCACCGCCGUAGUCUGUAUACGAGGUGACCGUCUCUACCACGAACACAUCUCUUGGGACCAAGCGUCUGUCCUCAUACAACUGGGUCUCAUGCCUGAAUAUCUACCAUACCCAUACGUCUUGCCGGACGGGAAGACACCAACACCAGGUAAGAAGCUCGAGUAUCAGGUCCCUGCUGCCGGAAUCGAGAUAUCAAAAAAGAUGGUCGAUAAGAGCAGUGUCCCGUCGAAUGAAAUGUUUGAAUAUAAGAUCCGCGAAGUAGAUGCGUGAUCCUCCCAAGCUCAAUCAAUAUAUAUACUUUUUAUACGUCCC